AUGGCCGAUUACAAUUGUAUUAUAAAAUUACCAAAUGGUGGUAUUGUAAAAGUAUUUUUUCAAGAAUCAUUAACAAUUAAACAAUUAAAACAAACUAUUGCACAAUCAAUUCCAGGUUCAAAUGAAGAUUCAUUAGUUAUUUCAUUAUCACCAAAUACAGCUGAUCAAACUAAAAUAGUUAAAGCAAUUAAUUGGACAAAGUAUUUAACUAUUGAUUGUGUAAAGAAAGCUUACCCUUUAGGUUUUGUUAAUGCUUCUUCAAUUGAAUUUCCAGAUGGCACUGAUUCUUUUAUCAUGAGAUUAUAUGUAACCUCAAAAUAA